AUGAGUGUGUCCGAUCUCAGUAAAUAUAUCUCAGAAUUUCUUGAAAACCUUACCGAUGAUAAAAAGCGGAAUCAAGGUCGACGACGCCUUCGAGAUGGUUUUAAAUUUAGCAGUGAUCAGCCUCCAAAAAAUUCGGAAGAAGAGAUUAUCAGAGAGAAAGCAAAACGAAUUUUGCAAAAUAGAUAUGGGUUUAGUGAGGUAACGGGCAAGCCAGGAGUUAAAUGGUUCAAUAGAUUCUUAAAAGAUUAUGAUUUAAUUCCUAAAUAUUUACGUAAAUUAGGAGCAGUUUACGGUGCAGUAGCACAUGAGGCUAAGAAUAUGGCCCACGCUUAUACAAUUGCUGGAGAAUGUCUACGUCAUUCAUCUGAUAAUCAUACUUCUCCUGUGCAAAAUUACGUU